AUGGAUAGUGGCGAGUAUCGCGAAAGAGCAAGCAACACACUCAUCGACUGCAGAAAAGUCAUCUGGAUCCUCGCCACCAAUAAAGGCGACACAACAAUUUCCAAAUUCCACGCCAAACAUAUCGCGUGUCGGAAAGAUGAAGAUAUCCAUAAAAUCUCCAUUCAAUCACUCCAGCAAGAACUACGGAAACUCUUCACGACUCUCUACUCUCCAGCAGUAACAGGACGCAUCAACACAAUCAUCCCCUUUUUCCCUUCAGUCCCGGAGAACAAGCCACCGUCGCACACAAAUUUCUCCUGCAACUCCAUGAUCAAGUUCGUAAAGAUAUUGAUCUCAAAGCRCCUGUUUUAA